AUGGACAUCUUUAGUCCCCGCCGGUUCUCGAGUUCUUCGACGGUGUUGCUUCUGCAGUCUUCGAUUCUUGUGGUGGUGAGAGUUCUGGGUACAUCUUAUGCACACGACGGUGAGGAUUUUGAUUUUAGGGAUUCCGCGGCGGCAAUGCUUUUCCGGCAGCAUCGGUGGGAGAAGUAUUGCGCGGUGGCUAGCUUCUCCGUUACUCCUUCUCUGUUUGUGUUGGUCUUUUGCCCAUUUGGGUUGAGAUGUUGGAUUUGGAUGGCUUCUCCAUCCUCUCGGUGUUGGUUUAUUCGGGCCAUCUUUGGCUUCGGAAACUUCAACGAACUGAGGGGAUAG